GCGACCCCCAAGUAUGCAGGAAAUUGUUUUUGAACAUCUUUUGUACGCAGUGCAUUCAUUACUCAAUCUUCCAACUUCAAACAACGUACCAAUCGUUCGCUAACCUGGUGGUAUGCCUCCACCACAACCGUGCGCCCCUCCAGACCCUCUAAAUGCCCCGGCACGCCGAUUGGGAACGGCAACUCACCAGCAUGGAGCGGCAUACCAUCUACGAUACCCUUCUCGAAAGAUCCGCAAGUGGCAUACUGAGUCGUGGAGACUUCGUGGACGCUGCAAAGGACUUCAACUGUCAAGCACGCACAGGUUCGCGCGUGUGGUAUCGUGGACGAAAGUCGAUACUGAACGGCGAUGUCGUGGCGGACGAUGAUGAACAAGUGGCGGCGCGAACUGUCAAGUGGAAGCACUUCAUUACUAAGGUCAUGUUUUUGGCGGCUGUUGCCCGCCCACGUUUUGACCCGCACACUAGGCGCGUUUUUGAUGACAAUAUUGGCGUGUGGUCGUUCGUGGAGGUCGUGGCGGUGAAGCGAAAAAGCGUCAAUCGCGACAAGGGAACCUUGGUGACUGUUCCCUUGUCUGUGAACGCUGAGGAGCUUGUCGAUGCUGUGCAAGCCGCGUUCUAUGAAAUGCCUGUUGCUACCCUCUCGAAAACAUUUAUAACUGUGCAAAAAGUUAUGGAAAUGUCGAUUGCAAUUCAUGGAAGUAAUGACUACAAGCUUCCGCACAUGAAUAAAGACGCCAAGAUAGCCGACCUCGCCUCGUACAAUGUCAAGUGCGAUGGAACAAUCUAUGAGAGUGCACUCAUGCAUUUGAAUUGCCGCUUGGAACAAGAAGCACACCUCGAAGCAAUCGUAAACUCCCAAGAUCAAGACACCUCCGGCAUUUAA